AUGAAAAGUAAAGAGUCAAAGACGACAAAGAAGACAAAGUUGAGAUACAUACGUGAUGAAGAAGAGUCUGAUGAUGGUCGUCUUGAGUUAGGAUUGUUGGAUGUUGAACCAGAUAACUUCAAUCCUACAUCUAACUUGUGUGAAUACCCUUUUUUUAACAUUUUAUGUGAUGAUAAAAUGUUAAAGAAUAAUCAGUUUGAAGGGGACGAUGAAGCUGAUGAUGAACACAUUCACCAGGAAGAGCACGAGCAUGAACACCUUGAAGAUGAAAAUGGCUUAGAAGUGGGUGUCGAGUCCAGGGUGCACGAUCCUACCAUCAAGUGGAACCAAAUGAAGCCUACAUUUGGUGAGUUAUACGACUCUCCUGCUCAGUUAAGUUGUAAUUGCUUAGCAAAACACUACAUUAAGGAGAUAAUUAGGAAGCCCAAAAUGACAUUUCUUGAGAUGAUGGAGGAUGUCCUUACAAAAUAUUCAGUAAAAGUGUUAAAGGGGCAAUGCCAUAUAGCAAGGGUAAGGGUAAGGGAGAUGAUAGAAGGUAAACUGGAGGAACCCUAUGCUAAGAUAUGGGAUUAUGCCAACGAAAUCCUUAGAUCUAACCCUGAAAGCACAUGCAAAGUAGGAGUGUCAGUAAAUCCAGAUGGGGUGAAUUAUUUUCAACGUUUUUAUGGACAAAUCAAAGGGGAGAUUUUGACUGCUAUUGGAAGAGAUGCUAACAACCACGUGUAUCCAACUGCAUGGGCUGUAGUAAAUGUAGAGAACAAAGAAAAUUGGACUUGGUUUUUACAGCUGUUGGUUGAUGACUUGGGUGUUGAGGAUGGAAGGGGUCUAAUUGUUAUUUCAGAUCAACACAAGGAUGGAGAGGGAACUUCAAAACAAAAGGCAGUUAAACUUAUAGUGAAAAGAAAGAAGAAGACAAAGAAGGCUGGAGAAGGAUCCUCAAAUCAAGCAACCUUUGAAACUGCAAAUGAUGCAACUGUACAGGAAGAAAAUGCAACUGUACAGGAAACUGUUCAAGAAGAAAAUGCAACUGGAGAAGAAACUGUACAUGCAACUGCGCAAGAAGAAAAUGGAACUAAAUAUGGUUAUGAACCUCAUGAGAUUGCACAUGCUAUGGAAAGGGUAGAUGCUAAUGAGAUUCAAGAUCAUUUGCUUGAAGAUAACUGA